ACGGGGCAGGUUCAUUUUGGUACCCAGUGCUCCUACAACAACUGCAAUGCUUUAUAGCCAGCCCCCCUAUAGAAGAAUUUCUUGUCAACCCUCAGUCACUCCCCUUUGCAAGCACAAAUUGGCUAAGGGGAAAUGGGAAUUGAGAAAGGCAUGGCAGUGUUGCUGGACCUUAUACAGAAAUCCGGCGGUUGCGCCGUCGUAGACGGCGGCUUCGCCACCCAGCUCGAGCGCCACGGCGCCUCCAUCAACGAUCCUCUCUGGAGCGCUCUUUGCCUAAUCAAAAACCCUGAUCUCAUCAAACGGGUGCACUUGGAGUAUUUAGAAGCUGGGGCAGAUGUAUUAGUGACUUCAUCUUAUCAGGCCACUCUUCCUGGGUUCUUGGCGAGGGGGUUUUCGUUAGAGGAAGGCGAGUCGCUGCUAAAGGGUAGUGUGCAUUUGGCUAUACAAGCUCGAGACAAGUUUUGGGAAACUGCAAGACGAAACGGAAAGCGGGGAUAUAACAGGGCUCUAGUUGCAGCCUCCAUUGGAAGCUAUGGAGCUUACCUUGCUGAUGGUUCAGAGUACAGGGGUAACUAUGGACCUGAGGUGAGCCUUGAGAAAUUGAAGGAUUUCCAUAGGCGCAGACUGCAAGUGCUUGUGGAAGCAGGGCCAGAUUUGUUGGCGUUUGAGACCAUCCCAAAUAAAUUAGAAGCCCAGGCUUGCAUAGAGUUGUUGGAGGAGGAAAAUGUUGAAAUUCCGUCAUGGAUCUGUUUCAGCUCGGUAGACGGUGAAAAUGCUCCUUCAGGGGAAAACUUCAAGGACUGCCUUGAUGUUAUUAACAAGAGCAUCAGAGUUGCAGCUGUCGGUAUAAACUGCGCACCUCCUCAGUUUGUUCUCCCCCUCAUCCACAGAUUUAAGCAGAUGACUGAGAAGGCAAUUGUUGUGUAUCCUAACAGUGGUGAGAUAUGGGAUGGCAUACAAAAGCAAUGGCUGCAUUCGAGAUGUUUCGACGACGAGAGGUUUGGGGAAGACGCCCUUCUAUGGCGAGAAGCGGGAGCCAAUCUCAUAGGGGGCUGCUGUCGGACGACGCCCUCUACCAUUGAAGCUAUUGCAAUAGUCCUCAAAGAACAACAACUCUGAUCCCCUUAUUUUUCUUGGGGCUGUGAAUUAAUCUACAAAGUGUCUCGUGAUGUAGUAUUUUAAUAUAUAUUUUUAUUUUUUAAUUUUAUACCAUUUGUCAUAUGAAAUUAUUUGAAAAUAAUUUCAGUCAAACAUCGUAAACUGAAAUAGGCACUAUAAAUUGAGACGGAAGGAGUAUUAAUGUGUGGAAGAAGAUUUUAUUAUAGAAUCGAAAAUAAUUUAAUUUUUACUCG